AUGGCAGGAAUUUUCGACCGAUUCCGGUUUGAUGCUAACAAUGAAGACGCGGUGGACACUCGUCGAGAUGCCAAGAGAAAUUUAGAGAACGAUAACGAGCAUACUACCAUGGUUUUUAGAAAGCGAGGCAAGCACAAAGCAAAAGAACCGAAGCGAGAGAAAGAUUCUCCAUCGAGUGGCAAAUGGCAGGAGCGUUGGCACGCCAUUUGCAAUAACUGUUUUGAGCAUGCACAUACCUGUGAGCAUUACCCAGAGCAUCGCCUACGUCUGCUUAUUGUCGGUCACAAUCCGUCUGAUCAUGCGUGGAAGACUGGGUAUUCGUACAGCAACCCGACGAAUCGAAUGUGGAAAUUGCUAACGGGGACACUUUCUCCUCAAUCGUGGAAGGGCAUUUUGCCUACUACUGCAAAGAUUGCAGAGCAGAACGUCAUGCCUCAUGUUCUUGGUGUUGGGUUCACAUCAAUUGGCUUGGAGCCAGGAAAUGAUGCUUCAAAAUAUGGCAAGACAACAAUGGAAGCCUGGCGAGGUAGUUUCUUCCUGCGUUUGCGCCGACAUGCUGCUCAAGUUUGCAUCUAUGAUCACAACAAUGAUAUCGCCAUGAAGCACGGAGAUGAUGGCGAACUAAUGAAGUGUCAGCUCGCUCAUGCUCCGACGAUCAUCGCAUUUUCCGGCAAGAGGCAAUUCAGCUGGUUGUUCUCACCACCUUUAUCAAAAAUUGAGAGGUUUGGCAAGCAAACCAGACUUCCUUCAGGGUGGCCACACGAACUUCGCGCGGACAGUGAGAUCUGGGUACUUCCUAGCUCCAGUGGUCGUGCAGCAAUGACAACGGCGCAACGGACGAUGCCUUACCAACAGCUCGCGGAGAGCGUGCGCCAAAUUCCGUGGCCGAAUGAACUAGUGAAUGGAACGUAG